UUGUAUUCCAUUGAAACAAAAUAAAAGUCUAAAACCCAUGUAGGUUCAACUAUCCCAACCCCGAUCUCAUUCUUCCUUCCUUUGGUACAACUCUUCCACCACCUUAUCUUUACUCUUCCCACUGCUCCCCCAAUUCCAAUUUCUCCAUUAGUUUCUCAAUUUCAAUUUCCCCCCAAUUUCACAAACACCCACAAUGAAUUCCAAUCAAGCCAUUCUAACAUACCGUAAAAUUCCUAACCUUGAACCUUACAAUGUCACUUCUUCUGCUACAGAAAUCUCUGAAUUCAAACACAAUCAUCACCCCCAUUGCAAACCCACAAGUUUUAACAAUGGAUUUUCAUGUCUAUCAAUGGCGACCAAGAAAGAACAGGGAGAAUUUGAACCCACUACUGCCCAAUUUCUACAACACCCUCUGGCUUUGGUUGCACUUGUUCCUAAAGAUGCUGCCCUUUUUGCUGCUGGUGCUAUUGCUGGUGCUGCUGCUAAGACUUUUACUGCCCCUCUUGAUCGGAUUAAGAUUCUUAUGCAGACUCAUGGAGUGCGAGCAGGCCAAGAAAGUGCUAAAAGGGCAAUGGGAUUUCUUGAGGCAAUAGCUGUCGUAGGAAAGCAGGAAGGCGUUAGAGGGUACUGGAAAGGCAACCUUCCUCAGGUCAUACGCGUUAUACCCUACAGUGCAGUACAACUAUUUGCGUAUGAUACCUACAAGAAACUGUUUCGAGGAAAGGAUGCUGAAUUAUCAGUUUUGGGAAGAUUAGCAGCUGGUGCCUGUGCAGGCAUGACAUCCACUCUUGUGACGUAUCCCUUAGAUGUCCUGAGACUAAGAUUAGCAGUUGAGACGGGACACAGAACAAUGACACAGGUAGCCUUAGGCAUGCUAAGAGAUGAAGGCAUUGCUUCUUUCUACAAUGGCUUGGGCCCUUCUCUUAUUGGAAUAGCACCAUAUAUUGCUGUGAACUUCUGCAUUUUUGACUUGGUGAAGAAGUCUUUGCCAGAAAAGUACAAGAACAGGCCUGAAACGUCAUUAGUAACAGGUUUAGUAUCAGCAACUCUUGCUACUGUUACGUGCUAUCCUUUGGAUACCAUCCGAAGACAAAUGCAAAUGAAAGGGACACCAUACAGGACAGUUCUUGAUGCCUUUGUAGGUAUUAUGGAGCGUGAUGGCUGGAUCGCACUGUAUAGAGGGUUCAUCCCCAAUGCUUUGAAAACCCUACCAAGCAGCAGCAUCAGAUUAACGACCUUCGACACUGUCAAAACUCUAGUCGCUGCAGGCGAGAAAGAGUUUCAGAGAAUUAUCGAGGAAAAUCGCAAGGAGGUGAAAGCAAGGAGACAGGAGUAGCGGCCAGUAGGACAGGUAGUGCAGAAGGGCUCUUCCCAUUUUUUGGCCAAGUAGGGAGUUAAAUGAAUGCAUUAGAUGAUUCUUUUUGUGUAGUAUCUUACAGGAUUCUCAGAAAACAUUAGAAUACAUGCACUUGAACUCUUGUAAUUGAUUUCUAAUUUUUUUUGGAGUGAAUAUUUGUUGGAACUAAGGUCUAUGAGAAGAACUUUGUAAAGUUUUUGUUGUUUUUGUUCAGUGCAACGUAGUAUGAAAA